CCCCCAUCAUCUCACGCGCAGUGAAGCACGGACGCGGACAAAGCGCGCGGGAUGUCUGCGAUCUGACGGUAAAACCCGGGAAUAUUCCUCCACUGAUUUGCAGAUUCAAACACAUUAAUACAAACAACAUGACGAGGGCGCUGAGGGAGGAGCAGACGUCAGCAGAGCUGGACGAGCAGCAGGACCUAUGCAGCCCGGCAGAAAAAGACACAGGAGGAGCAGGAGAGGAGGAGGAGGACCGACUACACCAUCUGGAUGAGAAUGAAGAGGAGGACGAGGAGGACGAGGAGGAAGAGGAGGAAGAUGGGGAGCACAAACCCAAGAGACGAGGGCCAAAGAAGAAAAAGAUGACAAAGGCUCGCCUGCAGAGGUUCAAGAUUCGCAGAAUGAAAGCUAAUGCCCGUGAAAGAAACCGCAUGCACGGGCUCAACGAUGCUCUGGAGAGUCUGCGAAAAGUUGUCCCAUGUUAUUCCAAAACCCAGAAACUGUCAAAGAUUGAGACGCUGCGACUCGCCAAGAACUACAUCUGGGCACUUAGCGAGGUUCUGCGUUCUGGCAAGGCGCCUGACCUCAUGAGCUUCGUCCAGGCGCUCUGCAAAGGUUUGUCUCAGCCAACCACUAAUUUGGUGGCAGGCUGUCUUCAGCUAAACCCUCGAACCUUCCUUCCAGAGCAAACACCUGACUUGCCUGUGCACCUCCCCCCCACUGGUGUUGCCCCCUACCCUGGACACUUCCCCUACCAGAGCCCUGGGCUGACAGCCGGCUUACCCAGCCCUCCCUAUGGCAGUAUGGACCCUUCCCACAUCUUCCACCAGGUCAAAGGUCAGCCCUAUGGCCCACUGGAACCCUUCUUUGAUGGCGUUUUGGUGUCAGAUGGCCCAGCAUUUGAUCCGCCCCUCAGUCCUCCUCUGAGCAUCAGUGGCAAUUUCUCCUCCUUCAAGCACGAGCCCGUCACAGCCUCUGACUACAACAAGAGCUUCUCCUUCAGUGUGCACUAUGGAGGAGGAGCAGCAGGAGGGCACGCCACCAUCUAUGGCAGCGGGGGGCCCAAUCAGCGGUGCGCUGAGAUGCAGGUGGAACAGCUGAUGGGGUUUGACGGACACUCGCACCACGAGCGGCUGAUGAACGCCCAGUUGAACGCCAUCUUCCAUGAGUCAUGAGGAAGAGAUGAAGAACUGCAAGACUGAUGAAGAUAGAGAGACUUACACAAAGAAGCCUUCAUGUGUUGUCCUGUCACCUCCUAGCUAUCGUUCAGUCUGUCCCUGCAUUCCCGCGAGGCUCUGUGACUCCGCCCAUUGAUGGUGAUGUCAUUGAUGCCUUGGCCAUCUUUGUUACAUUUCAUGUGCGAGCAAGGCUUUUCUUCGGUCUCGUUUUCAACCAUAUAAAUAAUCAAUAAUCAAUGAGCAAUAAU